ACAAAACCAUUGACUUUUUCUCUCUCUUUCUUUAAAAUCUAACAUUUCACCCCUUUUUUCCUUCCCUAUAAAUCUCUCACCUCCCCCCUUCUCUACCGUCUUCUCUCCUAACGUCAUUAAUCUUUUCAAUUCUAUUUCCAAUUUUUCUGUUUUCUUCAUUUCCAUGUGUUGAGUAACUUGAAUUGUUUAUAUAGUUGAGAUUUGAGAGUUUUCAAGCUGUACAGUUAAGCUAAAGGUGAAUUUUUUUGUUUAUAGAGAAUAGAGGUAGAAACAUUGAACAAAAUGAACCAGUGUGCGAUCCAGCAGAACAUAGUCACAGGUCGUGAAGAGAUGAGAACCUCAGUUUCUGACAGGAAGGACUAUGUGGUUUGUCCUAAACCACGACGUCUUGGUCUCCUUCACUCCACCAUCAACGACCCUCAACCUGUUCGCUCUCUCAGAUGGAACCUUAGCCACCAAUCAGAGGUUUUGGAUCCAACAGCAGGAUCUGAUCUUUUCGACAUCAUACUCCCAAAGGGUGGUUUUGAUGGUAUGGAACAAUCUUGUACACAAGUAUUAGCAUCGUCGCCCCCAUUUUUUUGUGGGUCGCCGCCUAGCAGAGUAGCUAACCCAUUAAUACACGAUUCACGUUUUGGAGAUGAUAAGAUCAUCACCACACUGUCACCAUUGUCACCGGUGCAGCUUUUGCUUUCACCAUCUUCGUCAAGGAAGACUGGAGGAGGAGGAGCAGGAGGAGGCUGUGUUCGACCCAAUUUUGGUAACAAACCUCCAGUGAGAAUUGAGGGGUUUGACUGCAGGGAUAGGCGCAAUUGCAGCAUCCCUGCAUUGGCAUAGAGCAAGGAAACCCCAAUUCAUUGAUCAACAAAAGUACGUAUAGAAAUUGAUCAGGAGCUAAUGAAUUUUACUUUACAGAAGCACAAAGAAGUUUGAUGAUAGCAGGAGAUUAGUUUUGAAGUUCUCAAGAGAUGGUAAAAGAAGGAUCCUCUGUUUAGUGUAGAUAUGUUUAUGAAGAAAGGGUUCUUCAUUUCAUCUCUUGCUUUGUAUGUAAAUAUGUAUCUUGUAAGUAAAUGAGUUGUUGAGCUCUAAUAAUUAAGAGGGUAAUUAGGUUCAAUGGUUAGGAAGAAUAUGAAAUUUGGGUUAUCUAUGUUGAGAAAACCCCCAUUUGGCUUGUGUUGUAUUAUAUAAGUAAAAGAAGUCUCAAUUUAGAUGGGAAGUUGUCUUUUUUUUGAGUUCAUUGAAGUUUCAAUGAAAGGCACCAUAUGGAACAAUUUGUACAAACAUUUGUUAUUUUGAGUCAUCUUCGUAGUCAUUUACAAUGUGAAUAUACCUUUUGUGUUA